CCUGCGCUCAUCUUGACACGCUCUUUACGCCCAGAGGUCUCCCGACACAAUCCUUAGACAACAGGGGCAACGAAGAAAUUAAGCUGUAUACAUUGUGCAAUAUCUUGUAGCAAACAAUGGAUUCCCUGGAGGCCCGUUCUCGGAGUGUGCAAGAACGGACAUUCUGCAAAUGGUUAAACACGAAACUAGAGUCGGCCGGGUACCCAACUAUGACAUCCCUCGUGAAGGAUCUUUCUGACGGCGUUCGGCUAAUUCAGCUCAUGGAAAUUAUGGGUGAUACCUCGCUUGGGAGAUACAACAAGAACCCGCGCAUGCGAGUACAGAAAGCGGAAAACGUGAACAAAGCACUGGAGUUUAUUACGUCCCGAGGCGUGAAGCUCACCAAUAUCGGCCCUGAAGAUAUCAUCGACGGCAAUCUCAAGCUCACUCUCGGAAUGAUAUGGACCCUGAUUCUUCGUUUCACCAUUGCGGAUAUCAAUGAAGAGGGUUUGUCAGCGAAAGAAGGCUUGCUGCUCUGGUGUCAACGCAAGACCGCACUAUACAAAGAGGUCAACGUCCAAGACUUCACCGUCAGCUGGUCAGACGGCCUCGCACUGUGUGCUUUGAUCCAUUGCCAUCGACCUGACCUACUGGACUACAACAAGCUCGACAAGGCGGACCGUCAUCGAAAUACCCAGCUUGCCUUCGACGUCGCUGAGCAGCAUCUUGGUAUUCCGCAACUCCUGGAAGUAGCAGAUCUGUGUGACGUCGCUCGUCCAGAUGAGCGCUCCGUGAUGACAUAUGUUGCAAGCUAUUUCCAUGCUUUCUCUACCAUGGACCAGGCGGAGACGGUGUCUCGACGAGUCGAGAAGUUCGCGGAGCUUAUGCAAUCUGUAUGGCUUAGUAAGAAUGACUACGAGCGUCGCGUCCGAGCGCUUUUAUCGUCAGUACUGGAGAUUCAGGCACUCUGGGCCGCUAUCAAGUUCACCGGCACAUACGUCGACGCAAAAGAACAUGCCAGCAACUUCCAGAAGUACAAGCAGACGACAAAACGGCAAUGGGUCACUGAGAAGCAGGAUGUCUCGACGCUAUUUAGUAACGUUCAGACGAAGUUGCGGACCUACGGCCUACGAGAGUACGUUCCGCCGCCGGGCCUUUCGUUAGCUGAUUUGGAUACCGCCUGGAAGGCGCUAUUAUCAUCCGAAGCGAAGCGAUCACGAGCCAUUAAUGCCCAAAUUAGAGAGAUAAAGGAGACGCUGCGCAAACAUUUCGCUGACCUGGCAAAUGACUUCGAGAAACGGCUUCAUACAAUUUCGUCGGAGCUCGCCUCCAUUGAGGGCCCAUUGGAAGAGCAGCAAGAACAAGUGCGCAAACUGCAGACUCGGCUGCCCACACUAGCAGAAAAGCUGGCCGAGCUUGCAAAUGCUGAGGAAGAUUGUCAGGCUGCUAACGUGGACGAGAAUGACUACACUGUUUUUACUUUCGCUGAUUUGGAGUUUGAGCACGAACUGGUCGUGCAAAGUAUCUUGAAGAAGCUUGCAUUCGUUGAUAACCAAAUUGUAUCACACAACAUGACAAACCUCACCCCAGCGCAGCUCGAACAAUUCGAGACCACGUUCCGCUACUUCGACAAAGACGAGUCGAACACGCUCGAAUUGGCGGAGAUGACGGCCGCCCUGGCCAGUCUAGGUAUCAUAUACCCUGAAGAGGAUAUGUACAUGAUCCACGACCAGCUCGUACAAGACUACGGGGCGGUCUCUUACGAAGCAUUCAUCAAUCUUCUGGUUGAGAUUACCGAAGAUCAGACGUCUCCAGCCCAACUACGUGAGUCUUUCCGUGGGAUCGCGCAGGAUAAGCCGUUCGUUACAGAGCUGGAUCUUCGACUCGCGCAACUCUCGCAGAGUAGUGUCGAUUAUCUGCGACAGGCAAUGCCACCUGCAUCCAACGACGGCGAGCCAGCGUACGAUUACGAGUCGUGGUUGGAUGAAGUUUUCUCAUAGUUGUCGGGUGUAAUCUAUGAUUCUUUUAGUUAGUUGGCUAGAGUAUGACUCAUGACUGCAUGAGGUGAGACAAGGGCAUAUGUUCUGUAACAUUUGUAGCACUAGUACAAUAACAAGUAGAUUAUCAACAGCAGUCAUGCACAACAUAGACGAACACAAGGGACACGACUAAUGAAGACGAAUACUACUCAAUGGUAAUCGGCAGAUAGUACAUGUUGCAACGGCGACCUUCGUCGCGGUCUACUUGGGCGAAACAAGUGCGGCCAAAGUGCCUCCGGAUGCCUCAGGGUAUGCUGGGCACUGUUGUCAUGAAACUGACAAUUGGACCAGUCUACGACAAAGUUGUGAUUCUGGAACAUGCUAACUACGGCAGGGAUGCUUGCUGCGGACGCGACGUGCAUGACAGAUCCAGAAAAAUCGAGCGACCUGAGGGCGGGGCGCUGUGCACACCAGGCCGCGAGGGUGGUUACCGCGUCGCUUUCGAGUUUCGCACGUACGCCAAGCUGCGCGAGCUGUGGCCAACCCUCAGCCCCCGCGAUCAGCGUGUGGUUCUGUAGCAUCUGUGGGAGGAGCACCGAAGUGAUGUCGCCGACGAGGGAGAGCGAUUCGAUCGAGGGAACCUGCAGACAGGCUGCGAACGAGCGUGGGUGCUCGGUCCAGAUGGACGGUAGUGUCUCGUUCUCUUCCGAGACAAUCUCCAAUUCCCUGAGUGGCGUAUGCAUAUUGCGCAAGAAGCUGCAGAGCUCGCUUAGCGCUGGGUGGUAAAGGAAACACCACGUCAAUGCAUAUACCGUGCGGCCUCCCGCGGUUAACCCCACGAACUUGAUUUCCUAGAUCGUGAGCGCCGAUCUCGACUCGUAUUUUCGCUAAUUUAGAUGCGAUUGCAGAUGGGAGCAUGCCGCCUUCAGACAGAGCGGCUUGGAAGUGAUCCGGAUAGAGGUCGCGAAUACGGAUGUCUAUGGUGUCCAGAGCCCGAGCGUCUAUAGAGGGGAGUAGAUGUCGUAUAUAUCCGAGCCCGCAGAAGAGUUUCAGAGCGCGGAGUGUAGGCAGCGAUAUCCGUUCGUGCGGAUGCCUCGGGAUGGGAUCAGACAUAGGAAACUGGGAGCGAUACAGAGAGAUUUCCAGAUCCUCGAUUUGAGGACUGUCUUGAAGGAUGGAGCAAAUAUCGUGGUCUUGCGAGACAUGACUUCCUGCUUCGCAAGAAGUGAGCCUUAAUGUGGUGAGGUUGGAGUAGAACCCUCUGCUCCAAGGCAUCCGGACUCCCUCAAGGCUCAGAUGGCGCAGUCGAGGAGUGUACCCGGCAAAAAUAGGGUGUUGCAAUACAAGAUGCACCUGAUUGGACAUGGGAUUUUGUGGGGAUAGCUGUAGCGAGAAGGUCUCGAGAUAAGCGUAUGCAAAGGCCGGGGGCGUGGCGAGGAACUCUAUGAAUGCGCUAUCGAUGUGGGCAGGUACUUGCAUAUUGAGUGUCUUGGCACGACAUAGUAGAUUCAUAUUGAGCUUGGAGAGCGACUCGGACAGUGGCGGAUGUAAGUCAAGCCAAACUUCGAGAGGAUGGUUCUUCGUUCUUUGUAGAAUGGCAUCUUGAAAAUCGCUGGGAAGUUCAGAUAACCGGAUGUGGCUCCAAAGAAUGGGAAGUCGAGAGAUACUGCGCGCCAGUGGGAGCAAAUGUGAGAUAUGAUGAAGCACGGAUGGCCUACGCCGAUUUCCUGGUGUUCUCCGAGCGGAGGGGCUCCGGACACGCACAUUAUAUAGAUAAUGCGCAAGACUUCCACUGGAAGCUUGUUGACAGGUGCACAGAAAUUGGUGUGUCUGCGCAUGCGUGCACGUAGGGUAUAUGCGCUGUAUAAACCUGACUGCAUAGAUUCGACUAAUUUCUCGACAUGUUGCAAAUCUUCAACGAGAUGUUCAGCCUGCAUCCGGCAAUUUGGACCGGGCAGGGCGAGCCUGCGAAAUGGUAUACUUAGAGGAGAGAACGA